AACACAGGAUGCGUAAAAGCCCCGUUACGCAAUGGCCCAAACGACCCGUUUGGCGAGGUCAAACAGGACUCGGUUGGGUGCGCUCCGGGCGCAGGCAACGGCGCGGGGGCUCCCUUUCUCCCCCUCCUGCAGGCGAAGCGGUGGUAGGGGCCGGGGCUUCGCAAGCCCAUCUGCCUGACCGAGUAUAAAAGCUGCGGCAGCCGCUGCUGGAAGCCUGUAAGCCGGCUGUUGCUACCCUGUGCUGGGCUUGGAGAGGAGGGCGUUGCGCGGGCGGGCGGGCGCGCUUUGGGGAGCCGAGGCAGGAGGGCUUUCAGCAGCCAGGUAGCUCCCGAGCCUCUCGCCCGGCCGGGAGGUUGCGUGCGAUCCUGUGGUGCAGCCCGCAGAUUUUAAUUUGUUUCGCUGGGCGGGGUGGGGGCGGUCGCCUUUCUGCUUUGGCUGGCUUUGCGCCAGGGGUCGUGUUGGAGAGCGCUUUGUUGAGCGCGGGGGAGAAGGCAGAUGUCGUGGCUUGUCCCGGAUUGCUGCGAUCUGGCGGGCGGGGGCUGCUGUGUGUAGCCCUUGGCAUGCUCCCUGCCUGCUGGACUGGGGGAGGAAAGAGGGGGAGAGAGUUGUCGCCCCGCUCCCUGCCUCUCUGGGUCGCAUUGUAGCACCGGGCGGCGGGGUGGGAUCUGCCUUUGGAGGCUGCCUGUCCUGCAUCUACAUCUGGCGAUAAAAAGGCUGGCGCCGCUGUGGCGCGGGUGGCAGCGCGUGUGCUUCUGGAGUUCUUCUGUGCCUGCGGACGCGUCCUGCGCUCGGCCCUCCAAAGCGCCCAGACUGGCGAGCGAUGCGGGAUGCGUGAUGCCGCCUGUGCGUUGAGGGCGUCUGGGUCCCUGCGUCUUCCAGGGAGCGGGGGUCCUCUCCAGGUCCUCUUGAAAGCGGUCUCCUCUGGGGUGCGGGCGGAGUUCUGAGCCGCCCCCCCCCCCCGGGGCGCUCACUAGGCGGAGGAGGAAGAAGAGAGGCCGGCUGUCCCGAUUCCGAAUCCAGCCGGGGGAGUCCCUUUCCUGGAACCAGGGAGCGGGAGGGACCUUGCUCUUCCGGCGUCCGAAGAGAGUUCCCAGACAAGCCGGGUCAGGGUUUAAGGAUGGAUGCGGAGGACGACCCCUUGUUACAAGAUGCCUGGUUGAAUGAAGAGGAGGAGGUCGCCUUUGGCCCCUGUAAAAGAACCGAAGGCCCCCGACUCUGUGGGAAAUGCCAGUGGACGUCCCGGCCACGGCCGCCAGCCACAGCCGUCUUCCCCUCCAGUUUCUGGACCGUUGUGGGUUGGAUCUUCACCAAUCCGUACUCCGCCGGCCUCAUCCUCUUCUUGGGCUGCGCCAUUCCGGCCACCUUGGCCAUCGUGAUGUUCCUGCACUACCCGGCUCUGGACAUCGACAUCUCGUACAACGCCUUCGAGAUCCGCAACCACGAGUCCUCGCAGCGCUUCGACGCCCUCGCCUCGGCCCUCAAGUCCCAGUUCGGCUCGUGGGGCCGUAACCGCCGGGACCUGGCGGAGUUCACUUCGGAGACCUUGCAGAGGCUGAUCUUUGAGCAGCUGCAACACCUCCAUGUCAAUUCCUCGCGGCUGGGCGCGGCGGCCAGGCAGAAGCGGUCCGCGGGCCGGGAGAGGACUCCUCCACCGCCAGCCCAGCCACCCAAGUCCUCCAACCAAACUUCCCGCCAGCUGCGGAAUGCCCCGCCCCACUGGGAGUACCCGAAUUCCGCCAUGAGCGCCAACACCCAAACCCACGCGCAUUGGCGCAUCGAGCUGAUCUUCUUGGCCCGGGGGGACGCCGAGAACAACAUCUUCACCUCCGAGCGCCUGGUCACCAUCCAUGAAAUCGAGCGUAAAAUUAUGGACCACCCCCACUUCCGGGAGUUCUGCUGGAAGCCCCACGAAGUCCUCAAAGACCUCCCGCUGGGUUCCUACUCCUACUGCUCGCCUCCCAGUUCCCUCAUGACUUACUUUUUCCCCACAGAGAGAGGGGGGAAGAUCUACUACGAUGGUCUAGGGCAGGAUUUGGCUGACAUUCGCGGUUCCCUGGAGUUGGCUAUGACCCACCCUGAGUUCUACUGGUACGUGGACGAGGCUCUGUCCGCCGAGAACAUGAAAAGCUCCCUCUUACGCAGCGAGAUCCUCUUCGGAGCGCCCCUGCCCAGUUACUAUUCCGUGGAGGACCGCUGGGAGGAGCAGCGCAGAAAGUUCCAGAGUUUCGUGGUCACCUACGUGGCCUUGUUGGCCAAACAGUCCACAAGCAAGGUCCAAGUGCUUUAUGGUGGGACGGACCUGUUUGACUACGAAGUCAGGAAGACCUUCAACAACGACAUGCUGCUGGCAUUCGUGAGCAGCAGCUGCAUUGCCGUCCUGGUCUACAUCCUAGCUUCUUGUUCAGUGUUCCUGUCUUUCUUUGGGAUUGCCAGCAUUGGUCUCAGCUGCCUUGCCGCCCUCUUUCUCUACCACGUCGUGUUUGGAAUCCAGUACCUGGGCAUCCUGAAUGGAGUUGCUGCCUUUGUCAUCGUGGGGAUUGGUGUGGACGACGUCUUCGUCUUCAUCAACACCUACCGGCAGGCCACCCACUUGAAAGACCUCCAGCUGCGGAUGAUCCACACCAUCCAGACGGCCGGCAAGGCCACCUUCUUCACCUCCUUGACCACGGCUGCGGCAUACGCUGCCAACAUCUUCUCCCAGAUUCCAGCCGUGCACGACUUUGGCCUCUUCAUGUCUCUGAUCGUCUCCUGCUGCUGGGUGGCCGUCCUCUUCACCAUGCCGGCCGCUCUCGGGAUAUGGUCUCUCUACCUGUCCCCCCUGGAAAAUGCCUGCCAAGCUAGCUGCAGCCAGAAGUGUGUGAAGGAGAACACCUUGCACGUCUCGGACGGGCUCUUUGUCUCCUCGGAGGCGGCGGGCGGUGCCGGCUCAGGGACUCUGCCGUACUUGGACGACGACAUCCCCCUCUUGACCGUGGAAGAGGAGCCAGUAACCCUGGAACUGGGGGAUGUGCCCCUGGUCUCCGUGCUGCCCGAGAAUUUCCAUCUCUCCACCAAGAAGAGCACCCAUGGCCACCUGAUAGCAUACUUGCAAGAACUUCUUCACUACUGGGUGCUGUGGUCAGCCGUGAAGAGCAAAUGGGUGAUUGUCGGGCUGUUUGUGAUGGUUCUGCUCUUCUCCAUCUUCUUCGCCAGCCGCCUCCGCCCGGCUAGCCGUGCUCCCCUCCUCUUCCGGCCCGACACCAAUAUCCAGGUGCUGCUGGACCUCAAGUACAACCUGAGCGCCGAGGGCAUCUCCUGCGUCACCUGCUCAGGCUUGUUUCAGGAAAAACCCCGGAGUCUGCAGAAUAAUAUCCGCACCUCUUUGGAGAAGAGGAAACGGGGCUCCGGACCCGCUUGGGGCAAUCUAGCGGUUGCAGCAGGCGACGGAGCUUUGCAGGAUCUCCAGGGGACCGUCUACAUCUUCAAAUCCAAAGGGAAAGGCCGGCCCGCUAUCUACCGGUUCUCCCUUAAUGCCACCGUCCCGGCUCCGUGGCAGACAGUGUCUUCAGGGGACGGGGAGGUCCCCUCUUUCCAGGUGUAUAGAGUUCCGUUCGGUAACUUCACCAAGAGGCUGACAGCUUGUAUGUCCACACUAGGGCAUCUCCAACAGCUGGGCCCCAAGAAGUGGAUGAUGACCAGCUUGUCCUGUGACGCCAAGCGGGGGUGGAAAUUCGACUUCAGUUUCUACGUUGCUGCAAAGGAGCAGCAGCGCACGAGGAAACUCUAUUUUGCCCAGUCACACAAGCCUCCGUAUCACGGCCGCGUCUGCAUGGCACCCCCCGGCUGCCUCCUCAGUUCCAGCCCAGACGGGCCCAACAAAGGGUUCUUGUACGUGCCCAGUGAGAGAGCCUCCCCCAAAACCAAACUGUCGGUCACGUCUGGAUUCAACCCCUGCGGGAACGCUGGCUGCGGGAAACCAGCCGUGCGGCCGCUGGUGGACACGGGAGCCAUGGUCUUCGUGGUGUUCGGGAUACGAGGGGUGAACCGCACCCGUCGGACAGACAACCACGUCAUUGGAGACAUGGGCAGCGUCAUCUAUGAUGAUGGAUUCGACCUCUUCAAAGAAAUUGGCAACUUGUGCUGGAUCUGCAAGACCAUCGCUGGCAACGCCGAGCUGGUCAAGCCGGGAGGAGCUCAGUGCCUGCCCUCGGGUUACAGUAUCUCCUCCAUCCUUCAGAUGCUACACCCGGAGUGUAAAAAUCUCCCCGAACCAAACCUCCUUCCUGGACAACUCUCCCAUGGGGCAGUGGGGGUGAAGGACGGCAAGGUCCAGUGGAUUUCCAUGGCCUUUGAAUCGACCACCUAUAAGGGCAAAUCAUCUUUCCAGACCUACUCCGACUAUCUCAAGUGGGAAAACUUCCUUCAGGAGCAACUCCGUCAGUUUCCGGAAGGUUCCGCGUUGCGCCGAGGUUUCCAGACCUGCGAGCACUGGAAGCAGAUCUUCAUGGAGAUCAUAGGUGUGCAAAGCGCUCUCUAUGGCCUCAUCCUGUCGCUGGUGAUCUGCGUGGCUGCCGUGGCUGUCUUCACCACCCACCUCCUCCUCCUGCUUCCUGUGCUCCUCACCAUCCUAGGAGUCGUCUGCCUAGUGGUGACCAUCAUGUACUGGUCCAGCUGGGAGAUGGGGGCGGUGGAGGCCAUCUCUCUCUCCAUCCUCGUCGGCUCCUCGGUUGACUACUGCGUGCACCUCGUGGAAGGAUACCUGCUGGCAGGGGAGAACCUCCCGCUUCACCUCGCAGAGGACCCCAAUUCCAGCCGCCAGUGGAGGACCAUCGAGGCGGUCCGCCACGUGGGCGUGGCCAUCGUCUCCAGCGCCGUCACCACGGUCAUCGCCACCGUCCCGCUCUUCUUCUGCAUCAUCGCCCCCUUCGCCAAGUUCGGCAAGAUUGUGGCCCUCAACACGGGGGUCUCCAUCCUCUACACGCUGACGGUCAGCACGGCGCUGCUCAGCGCCCUGGGACCCGCCUCCUUCACCCGCAGCCGGACUUCCUUCCUCAAGGCCCUGGCGGGCGUUCUCGUCACCCUGGCGGCGGGCCUCUGCGUCUGCCUGGCGCUGCUGAGGAGCGGAUUCAGAAUCCCCCUGCCCAACGGGACGGUCCUAUAGUUCCACAUCCAACCCCCCCUUCCCAAUGGCCCCUUCCAGUCAAUUUUCUUUCUCGCUUCCCCCCUCUCUUCCAACGUGGAGCCAUGCAAGCAUCUCGGGACGGGGGCGCGGAGGUUAAGUGGAGGAUGCGCACAGGACGCACGAUGGGGUUUGUUGACCGUCCUCGCCACUUCCGGGCUGUUGCGGAGGGGCUGAGAGUCCUACCCCGAGAAGGGCAGUGCUUGGCGUGGAUUAGCAAAGUGUCUGAGAGCCUUCUGGCCCUUUAGCGCCGCCCUGCUGGCCUCCUCGUGCUUUGCUGAAACUUUCCUCUCCGUUCUGGAGGUCUAUGAGGGGUGAGGGGGCCUGAGCCUCCAUGCGGUGGGGGGCGGGGGCGUAGGAAAGGUGAGGGAUGGCAGCAAAAUGAGCUAACUUCCUGUGUGGGCGGGCAGAGAAAUGGGCUCACUUCCUGUGAGCCGAGCAUGAAUUCUCCUUUCCUGCUCCCGACAGAUCAGCUCUUUUGCAUUUCGGUUGGCUCUGCUAAUUCCCGCGUCCGAGUUUUAUAAGGAGAUUUUUUUGUAAGUCCGGAAGAAAACGCAUCCCUGUUCUGUCUUUCCUCUCUCUGAAUUUCCAGGUGCACUUUAUUCCCUACCGCCCCACUGUCUGGUGCUCUGUGUUGAUUUUAUUGGGAUGAAUGGCGAAGCUUUCAUCUGUUGGGGGGAUGCCGUACUCCAAGGAAGCUAUGCAGAAUGUCGUUUCUUUUUUUUUUAAGGUGCCUCCAGGUUUCUCCCCUCCCCACAUCCCAUGACAAGAAAACCUGGGCAGUGUUAUGUAUAUUUUCCUGAGGAUCGUCCUCUGCUUUUGGGGUGCUGAUCGAUGCCGUCCGAUGCCAUUCCGUAAAAAGAUCCAAGUUGCCUUUGCCUGCCUUGCACCUUGGCUUGCUUUGUGUUUUGCUCUUCAAAUUCCGUUUCUAGUCCUCAUGAUGAAACCGUUUCUGAAGUGAGUUGUAGGCCUCUGAGUUGAGAGCUUCGAGGCGAGGUGGCCGUCCGAAUCGGGAAAGAUGGUCAAUGGAUGCCAGGUUUAAGUCCUGACCUGAACAGGAAGUUUUUAUUUGUUUGUUUAUUCGAUUUCUAUACCGCCCUUCCAAAAAUAGCUCAGCCCUUUGCAGCCCUUCCUGUUGAGGAGAACCAAGGCACAGUCAGAAAGGGCAGAGCCGCUCCAGUACCUGGCUGCAGCCUCACAGGCUGCCAUUGCAGCCUGUAGGGGUGUGCAUGAAUGGUUCGUCCUGAACCGGUUCGCCUCGAACCGGGGCUGGUUCAGAAGUUUGCUCGCAAGCCGAACCAGGGACAUCCUGUAGUCUUGGAGAGUUGGCUCAUGCCUCCGGGAAAACUGCCCUUCAGUGCAGGAAGUUGAGCACUAGGAUCUGUGAGCCGUCUCCUGUUGAGGUUCCGUGAGGCUCGGAUCUGGCAGGGACACAAAUGUAUGGUGUCAGCCGGCACGGCUGCCAGAAUCGUCUUUCCGUCCCCCUCCCACCCGCCGCACGAUUCCGCCCUCUCCUCCGCCCUCUGCCGCCUCCUGCUCCGAGCAGAUGGCUCGUAUUAAACUGCAAACCAGGUCCAUUAACAAGUACAUUUGAAGCAUCGCUGAUUUCAUCAUAUUCUUAAGGCUGGAAUAACGAAGCAGCUGCAUUGGUAUGCAGAUCAGCUGUUCCCCCGGCAGAAGAAGAGGUGGGGAGUCUACCGAGGGCUGCACGGUAAAUAUUAAUUACAGGAACACAAACCAAGAGAGGCAGGUAUGUAAUAGGUGCUCGGAUCGUCCUUUGGCACAGGCUGAGGAUGGUUCGGGGGCCAUUUCCAAGACCAAGUUUUUAGGUUUGUGUGCAGAGGUUGGCAGGUAACCGGGUGGAACAAUUAAAGCUGCUGCCUACUGAGUCAGACCACUGGUCCGUCUUGCUCAGGAUCGUCCACUCUGACUGGCAGCAGCACUGCAGGAUCUCAAGCAGAAGAUAGACGGGACUGCUAAGGUGGUGCCUUCCAUCUGCAUUUUGGAAGUCCUUCUACUGAAGGACUAAUUUCCCUUGCACUGGACUGAUUCAAAGAAGGAGCCGAACUAUGUCCCCCAAAAAUCAGAAACAACUCGGCUUAUUUUCUGAGGCAGUCUACCCGCUCGGGAGGAGAUAUGAUCUUGUGGCAGCAAGCAUGACUCUUCUCUGCUGUGGCUUGUAUUUGGAUGGGAGACUACAUAUGAGUGCUGCAAGACAUUCCCCUUACGGGGUGGAACCAAAGCUCAGUGGAAGAGCAUUGAGGUCUCCGGUUCAGUCCCUGGCCGCCUCUCCAGGUAGGGCUGAGAAAGACCCCUGUCUGAAACCUUGGAGAGCUGCUGCCGGUCAGAGUACACCGUCCUGAGCUAGGACCUGACUCAGUAUAAGGCAGUUUGCUAUGUUUCUUCCCUUUUUAAAUCAAGAAAAGGGGCCAUGGUGAAUGCACUUGUAAGAAAGAACCUGGUGGCCCUGGGAAAUGUCGUUUCCCCCAAGGACUGUCAUGGCUUGCUACCAGAGGGGGAGAGGUCAGAUCAACUUCCCUCCCUCUUCCUGUUGCUGUCCCGGAGGAAUGCGGGUGGAAGAAUGAGUAAAUCAGGAAUUCUUAUGGCACUCUGAUUUUAAUCCAAAUCGGAGAAGAAUCCGGGGACCUUGCAAUGCUGAUCUCUUCUCUGAGGUGGGCGUUGCUGAUUGCAUUGUAUUGUUUCCGAGCCGGGCCAGCUGUAUCGGCAUCAAAAAAUCUUCUGCACAAUGUUAAUUGGGAAUAUUCCCUUCUUUCACCCAAAUACUUUUGUUCGCCCUUUAAUAGAUUGACUCACAGCCAGAGUAGCCCUGCUGUGUGUGUUUAUUUGGAAGUAAACCGCACUGUGCCCAGUUGGGGUUACUCUGGGUCGGUAUUUAGGGCACUGCAACCUAAAUGGGGUAAUUGCCGGCACCUGCGUGUUGGGAAAGGGGCUGCAAUUUCGGCAAAGCUACCUCCAACCUUCCUGCUGUCUUUCUCCUUGGUUGGGAAGGAAACCCCUUUCAUUUUUCUUGCUUCGAGUCAAAGCUUCUCGGUUCUCGGAGCGUAAUUUGUUUGCCUUGAAUUUUCCUUACGAGAGAAGCUGCUUCUCCUGGGAAGGUAAUAAACCUCCCGUUAUUUACCACAGUGACUGACAUAAAUCCUCCCUGGCGCUCUAGCGGUGCAGCUGCCAGUGAUUGAUUUAGAGACAAGCUGGGCAAACUCAAGGGGAGGCUUUCUUAAAUCAUCCUUGCCAUGGAGAACACUUAAAACCGGGGGGGGGGGGCUCACAGAAUCUGCCUCGGCCAGGGGGUAACAGCAGGAGGGAGGGCCUGCCCCUUUCAACUCCUGCCUGUGGGCUUCUCAGGGGCAUCUGGGGGGCCACUGUGCGAAACAGGACGCUGGACUAGUUGAAAAGGCCUGUCUGUUUCUCUCUUCCUGGCCAUUUGUGAGUCUUCUUGGGUUUUCCUGUCAUAGCAGCCAGGGCUUCUGCUUCAUGCUUUCCUUCCUCUUCCAGUGUUUGAGGCUGCUUUCAGAAUCAGACCUUUCAGCCAGCUGGCUCAAUAUUGUUUGCACUGACUGGCAGCAGCAAGUUUUCAGACCGGGCUCUUUCCUGGAGAUGCUGCCAGGAACUGAACCUGAGGUCUUCAGAACAGAUGGCUUACCACUGAGUACGGAUCCUGCCAUGGGAUCAUUGGUCUGUCUAGCUUGGUAUUGUCUGCUCUGACUGGCAGUGGCUGUCCGAGGUUUCAGGCACAGGAGCCCUUCUCAGGCCUACCAGAAGAUGCUGCCAGGGAUUGAACCGGGGACUUCCUGCAUGCAAAAUGGGCAGAGUGUCACUGAGCUAUAGUCCAGUCCCCUAAAUAUAUGAAACUGCCAUCUACUGGGCCAGACAGAUAAACGUUGCACAAUUCUCUCUUUUUAUUUUAUUUUGCUCUUGAAAUUCUGCAACUGGUUUUGUCUUUGCAAGGACUUGAAAGCUUCCCUUCACAUUUUGUUUUGGAUAAAAAGUUUGCGGGGGGGGGACUCAAAAUGCAGUGGCGGUGGGACUCUUUAAGCUAACUUUUCUCCCUUCCCGAAAAUUAUAAUGUGUUAAUAUUUUUCUAAAUGGGCCUGAAUGAGAGGAGACACAACCCCGCAAAACUCCCCUUUGGAAAGCAGGUGUGAAUUCGGUUUCUGGGGAACAGGUUGGCCUUCAGAUUCUAGCUACCUGCAAACGUGUAUUGUAGGGAGACCAGGAAAGAAUUACAAGGUGGAAACACCUGGCCUGGAAUGAUGGUGCUUAUGGGGGGCUGUUGGGGAUAAGAAUGGACAGGAUCCUCUUUUGCAUGCAGAUUUGAACGGUUGGCACUUUUUUGGAAGGUUGCAUAGCACAAAUUUUCUCAUCUAAGGUUCCUGGUGUUGUUGAUCUCUUCUUCUUAGCUGGUGUUUUUUUAAAAUAUUUCUCUGUUUUCUUUUUCUUUUUGAAACUGUUGUAAAUAAAAGAUUUUGACAUUUGA